CUCUAAUGGUGGGGACGUUAGCACAGCAUCGUCACGUGGCUGCGCCUAGCAACGGCGCCUGGCAACGCAGAGAAGCGCAGGGUGCGAGCGCGCAGAGCCGUGACGCCGCGGACCGCAGCGGUACCUGGCCUGGAAGCGCUGCCGUCAUGAGCCACCCAAAUGCCGGACUCCUGUCGGCCUACAACAGCCUGACUGACAAACACCUGGCCGGCUACUUCAACAACACCAGGAUCCGGCGGCACCUGCUCAGAGUGGGCCUGAUCACCCGGAGUGGGAGCAUCGUCCCCGACAAGGAGUACAAGCAUAAGCUGAUGCGGAAAGAGCACCAGAGGCACAUGCGGGAAUGCCUGGCCCACGCAAUCUUCCACAAGGUGCUGGACAUUGAGCGGCACCAUCAGACUCAAAUCAAGAGAAGACUGGAGGAUUUCGCCCAGAGGGAACGUGUCAACAAAAUCAAGGUGGAGCGUUCCAGGCGGUAUGAGGAGGAGAGUAUUACUGUACUGUCACCCAAGCCACCAUCCGGCCCCAGGAACGGCUAUGCUCAGCAUACUGGACCAGAGCUGGAGCCAUCGGAGUCCUCCGAAUCUCUUGGCUCCUCACGGCCGAAUACGGCGCCGGGGAAGAUGCAACGGCCCGUCCGCCUGCAGCCCAUCAGCAACGACACCAGCGCCCCCACCCACCGGCCAUCCCGCUCCACCCGCCGGCCCCACGCGGCUGUACAGGACACAGGGCAGCUUACCUGCUGCACGCUGGACCGCGAGAUGUUGAGGCGCGUGGCCACAGGCAGGUUUUCUAGCGGAAUAUCACCAUACCGCCUGCCAGUCAUCAAUAACUUCAUCACCCCGGUGCCCCCCCCUCCCCCGCCCAAGGGGACAGGGAGGAGUGUUAAAGGGACUCCCAAUGGGACAGUGAGGGGCCGGAAACUGCGACCUACCACAGCACCAAGCGUUCCCAUGGUAACCAAGGAGUCGAGAUUUCCAAAGACCUCCACGCACAGUAAUGUCUCUGUCACCAUGGUUUACUUUGGAAAGUCGGUGCACCUCUCCCAUGAUGACGUGGAGCUGAGGGAUGAGGUGAAGGUCUUCCAGCAGCACUGUGGUGGGGAGAACAUCUGUGUGUACAGAGGGAAGCUGAUGGAAGGAGAGUGCUUCCGGUUUGUCUCCAGGCGCCACCGCGGAUUCCCCUUCAGUCUCACCUUCUUCCUCAACGGCAUGCAGGUGGAGCGGCUAAGCUCCUGCUGCGAGUUCAGGCACCGGGGGGGGGCCCGGCUGGGGGGCAAGCACGGCCAUUUUGGCUUCACCAGCGUGGCGGGGGCCUCCCCGUGCUACAGGUGUAUCAUCGCCAUGGGUUUGGACAAAAAGCCCACCCCACCCCCAAAGAGAACCAAGGGGGAUUCCGAGACUGACGGGUUCAUGGCUGCUUCCUCAGAUAUGGUCCGAGACGAAGAUGAGAUUCGGUCAAGUCGAAGCUGUGAGUGUGGGAACAUCCCCACAGACAGAGAGCAGAGAGAUGACCAGUCAGAGAGCAAAUGGGGCGGAGCCAAAGAUGAUUACGAGGAGGACUUUGAAGGCGAGGAAGAGAGGGCAGAAGAGGGAAAGCCAAGGCCUGAUCACCACAGCAACGGAGAGGAGGGGCGUCCGGAGAGCCCAGGUGCUGGAAAUGGCGUGUACACUGACAGCGAGGCUGAGGAAGACCACCCCAGAGAGAAGCGAUCACUCUCACGGUCUUCCAGGAGUGCCACGUUCUCCUCCAGAGGCAGUAAGGGUGACUCUGGGAGUGAAGCGGAGGAGGUGAAGGAGUCCAUAGAUGAAGCAAGAGUCAGUCUGGCCUCUUGUGCUGUUUCCAAAGCAGAACUGCGAGAUGAAGAGCCAGAUCUGGAUUUGGAGGAGCAUGUCAGGGUGGAUGAUGGUGGAGCAGCCUCUCUGCCAGGGGAUGAGACCCAUCACCAGUCUUUAGGAGAAUCCAUGGACACCAGGUCUACUGGUGAUGCUGAGAACAUGACUGAAAUACAAACUGGGACCACAGCACCAGCUGAGGCAGAGACCACUGAUUGGGAGCACUGUCAGGAUGCUAUGGAGAGGGACGGACUGAAGGACCCCCCCGCCAGCUCACAGACAGUCACAGAGGGAGCUGCUCCUGAAGAGGAGGACACACAGGAGGUGGAGUUCGAGAGGGCCAAGUCUGUGCAGGAGAAGCUGGCUGAGGCCAUAAUGAAAGAAGCACACUGUAGCUCGGAACCGGAGUUCAGUGACACCAGCACUGACGAGGAGGAGGAAUCCUCCUCGGUACCACGCAGAACCCCGGAUGAGAACCUCAUGGACAUGGGGCUCUCUGCUGCCCUCUCUCUGCCAUGGACGCUCUGUGCAAAGGCGCCAAAAGAUCAGGAGGCAUCAGCAGAGAGCCCUGAGACUGCAGCACUUCCUACAGAGCAAGCUGGAUGUGAGGCACCAGUAAAGCAGGAUACAGAAGACAACCAAACAGGCUCUCAUUCAGAUCUGGAAGUUGGAGAUGGCCUGGAGCCUCUCCAGGAAGCUGAGGACCCCCUUCCUGAUGCUGAGGUGAAAGACGAGGAUGACGGUCCAGAUGAGACUCAAAGAAAGAGGGAGACAUUGGACAAUGAGACUGCGGAAUGGGAGCGGAACAAAGCCCAUGAGAUAUCUGGAGAGGCCCAGAGUCCACAUUCCGAGUCUAACUUCCUGGCAGUAGCUGAAGAGAAAUCAUGUGAGAGGGAAAAUGAUGCUGAAGAUGACAAGUCUAUAGCUGAUCUGGUUGAGAAUGAAGCAGAAGAGUUUAUAGAGACAGAUGAAAAGAAAAACAGCAUCAUCACAGAAGAGUGUGAUGCGUCUGACAGAGGAGGAGAACCAGAGGACAAAGCUGAAGAUGAUGGGCCAACAGAAUGGGACGAAGGCCAGGUCACAUUAGCAGAAGAAGAGAUCAUGGUUGAGAGCAGUGUGGUCAGCAGAGAGAGCUGCGGAGGAGAGGAGGUGACGACAACACAGGACCAGGAGGAGGCAACUGUGGAGGUUAGGGAAGAUGGACAAACUGAAGCCACAGAACAGGACAUCACUGAGACUGCUGAGGGGGUGAGUGAAGAAGACAAGGGCACUGCAGAGAAAUCCAGGACAAUGGAGGCAGGGAAUGAACACGAUGACCAAGAAGAUGGUAACGUCAUGAAAGGAGAGACAGAUGAAGCAAAGUGUGGGACAGAAACAGUGAAGGAUGAAGAGAUAAAUGAUGAAUUAGCAGGCAAUAUGGAAAUGGAGGAAGGUGGGAGUGAAGUAAUUGGUGGAGAUAAUGAAGAGGAGACUAUGGAAGAAGUCCAUGGUAAUGGCACACAGGAGGACCAACUAAGCACUGUAUCUAACACUGACGUAAAAGUGGUGGAAGCAAUCAAUGAGGAGAAUGGAGAAGCAGAGGAUGAAGGUGUACUCAAAGAAGCAGGACGUGAUGGUGCAGAGGGAGACUCCGAGCUCAGGAUGGAGGAUACUGAAGAAUGUAACAUAGAAACUAAGCUGGACAGUGAAAGUAGAGUAGAUACAGAAGCAGAUGGACAGAUAGAUCAGAACCUAAGUGAGCAAGAUGAGAACAAAGAAACAAACUCAAAAGAAGAGGAGAAUGUGGAGAGACCAGAGGAUUUGGAAAAUAGCAAUAAUGCAGACCGUGUAGUUGAGGAAGAGAAGAACAAAGUUCAAGGAGAAGAACUUGAGGGUGAACAUGGAGAAGGGCUGCUUGAGGCAGACCAUGCAACAGAUAGAGGAGGAGAUACCAGAGAUGACGAAGAGGUUAUGGAGUUUGGAGUAGAAUGUGAGGGUGCAGAACAGGUCAAACCUGAAAUGGAGAAGGAGGCAAGCAGUAUGAAGACUGAAGAAACAAAGUCUCCAACAGAAGAAAGUCUGAAUGAUACAGAAGAACCAGAGCAAGCAGAAGCAGCUGAGUUAGACGUUAAACAGGCACCCCAAGAUGACAAUGACCAACCAGAAGAGGAACGUGAUCCUGACCCUGAUAAAAUGGCAGACUCAGAUCUGGAUCCAAAGCCUGCUGACAGUGCGAUGGCAGAAAAUGAGGCCAAUAUGGGAGAGGGUAUGGUUGAUGAAAGAAAAGGGCAUGACCUAGCCAUGUCAGAAGGUCUGGCUACCACAACGAAGACAGUGGAAUUUCAUGGCCAGCAGGCUGACGAAGCUGUGGACCUCACAGCUGAAGACAUGAUAACAAAAGAGUGGAAGGACACUGACUCUGCAGAGGAAGAAAAAGGAUUAUUGAUUCCUGAAUUGAAGGAGAAGGAUCCGUAUUUUUCAACAUGAAGUCUUAGUUAUUAGUUGCUCAUAGGACAAAAUAAAUACUGCAGCAUUUCCUUCUUCACUGUGAUGUUCUUCGCUGACGUAGCAUCAGACGCAAUGUUAGCGUUAGCUUGGAAAACCACCACUGCAUCUACCACCUGCUCAAAGCAACGCUAAAGUUCCACUGUUCCGAGUUUGCCAGCAUGAUGGAAGGAGAUGUAGCGAGCUUUCAGCUGUACUGUGUGGCUUUCACACAGGUUCUAGCCCUCCUGUGAGCGUGCUGCUGAAAGGGCCCGUCGCUGUUCCCCAGAAACGGAUACCCUGCUGCUGGCCUGCCUCACCAGGCAGGAAUAAUUAAUGGCCUGUCAGCCCCUCCCCAUGCCCCUGUGCACUCAGGACAUCACACAGUAACGGGGCAGCCGUUAGGACCGCCCCCCCCCCCCUCAGGCCCAUGGGAAGUGACGUCAUGCAGCCUGCUGCCACUUAGCUGCUCAGCUAAUUAGAUUUUUGCUGUGAUGACAGAUAGUGUGAGGCACUUGCACUAGGAAAUGAGCGCCAUUGCCUAACGGGAUUAGAGGUAAAUAAUGAACAGGCUCCUGCCUUCUGUGUGAUUUGUUUGUGCUGCUAAUGAAGGAGAGAUAUCAGAGCAGAGAUGUAUUUAUUUUCAUAUGUCUUAAUUGCCCUGGUGGCUAAAAAUUAGCUUUGACUUCUAUCAGAACACUGUGUUCUCUGUCCUUAGCCAAAAUAUUGCUGGUUAUGAUGCAGGAGAAACCACACGUUUGUUUAGACGAUGAAAGUGUGGCAGUGUGCUGAGGCAGUGUGGCGUCUGCUCCUCUCAGCGCUUUUGUCCUGAGAAUGGAAGUCCACCACUGGCCAGAAUUCCUAGGAAGUUUCUAAAAGGCCUUCAUGGGUCUUUGUUUUAGAUUGGAAGUACCUUGUUUUUUUUUUUCAAAUUUUUGGUGUAACUGUUUUUUUUUUUGUUGUCAAAUAAAAACUAAU